AUGGAUCCCGAAUUCGGCUCAACACUCAAACAUGCACCAACUCAAGAUAAGGACGCAUACGACUUGGCUGAUAUGGGACAUUCCCAGGCCAUGAGCCGCAAGUUCGACACUUGGAGCAUGCUUUCGCUUGCCUUCGUGGUUUUGGGAACAUGGUCGGUAUUCGCGCAAAGUUUGGCAAGCGGCCUGAUGAACGGCGGCCCUAUCGCGAUCCUUUGGGAGUUGUGCCUAGUUGCUGCUUGCAACAUCUGCAUAGGCCUUUCCCUUGGAGAGCUCUGCAGCAGUAUGCCGACAGCUCUAGGCCAGGCUUACUGGGUCUCACAACUUUGGCCCACCGCUGCUGGACGCUUUUUCUCCUACCUCUGCGCAUGGAUCAACACCUUUGGCUGGUGGACGUUAUCGGCAUCCACGAUCGCGUUCAUGACUGAGUUCAUCUUGGGUAUGAACCUGCUCUUCGACCCGAGUUGGCCCCCGGCGUCGAAAGGCUGGGUGCAAUUCUUAGUAUACCUAAGCAUAACAGCUCUGCUUACAGCAUUGAAUGUCGUGGCCUGCCGCAAAGACAAGGUUCUGCCCAUGUUCAACAAUUUCAUCGGUAUCACGUUCGUCGCCUUGUUCUUCAUCUUUGGGUUGGCCCUUCUCAUAUCCGUUGGCGUAAGAAACGGCCUCGAGUUCCAAUCAACAUCCUUCGUCUUCGGGGCAUGGAUCAACCAGACUGGUUGGGCGGAUAGCAUCACCUGGUUCAUGGGGCUUGUUCAGGCAGCUUACGGCCUGACUGCCUUCGAUGCGGCAAUUCACCUUGUCGAAGAGAUUCCGGCUCCAAGAAAGAAUGUCCCAAAGGUCAUUUGGCUUUCAAUUCUUUGCGGUGCGGCUACGGGAUUUAUCUUCAUGAUGAUCUGUCUUUUCUGUAUUCAAGACCUGGACCAGAUACUUGACCCGUCUACCGGCCUUCCGUUCAUGGAUCUCGUCAAGAGCACUGUUGGUCUCGAGGGGUCGGCAGUUCUUCUCGCCCUCUUCAUCGUCAACGGUCUCGGCCAAGGAGUGACGGUCGUCACCACAGCGUCACGACUGACAUGGGGUUUCGCUCGCGACGGUGGUUUACCGUUCGGUGUUUACUUCGCCCAUGUUGACGAAUACUGGAAAGCUCCCGUCCGGGCUCUGUGGAUGCAGGGUGCGGUUAUCGGCUUGGUCGGCGUCCUGUACACCUUUUCCAACACUGUUCUAGAGGCCAUUGUUGGCGUCAGUACCAUUGCCUUAACAGUCUCUUACGCCAUGCCUAUCUUGACCCUUCUUAUCGUGGGGCGCGACAAGUUACAACGCGGGCCAUUCAGCCUAGGGAGACUUGGGCCUGUCGUUAACGGGGUCUCCCUUGUCUAUUGCGCUGUCACUACUGUUUUUUUCUUCUUCCCAUCUGAACCGAAGCCUGCGCCAGCAGAUAUGAAUUACGCAAUCGUCGUCUUUGGAAUUAUUGUUGUCUUUAGUCUGAGCUUCUGGUUCAUCCGGGGCCGCCAGACAUAUCUGCAGGCGGACGAAAUAUCAGGCCAAGUCAUCUACGGAGCGCCCGCUGAGGUAGCGCAAGAAGGAGGUAAUGUCAAUCUAAAGGGGAAAUGA